UCAUGCAGCCCCAGACCAUGACACUCCCACCACCCUGCUCGACUGUAUGGUUCCAGUAAUCCAUGUCCUUAGUCUGUUUGCCUGCAGCAAACUGUUUGCGGGCUUUCUUGUGCAUCUUCUUUAGAAGAGGCUUCCUUCUGGGAUGAUAGCCAUGCAGACCAAUUUGAUGCAGUGUGCGGCAUAUGGUCUGAGCACAGACACCCACCCCUUCAACCUGUGCAGCAAUCCUGGCAGCACUCAUAUGUCUACUUCCCAAAGACAACCUCUGGAUAUGACUCUGAGCACGUGCAUUCAACUUCCUUGGUUGACCAUGGCGAGGCCUAUUCUUAGUGGAACCUGUCCUGUUAAACUGCUGUUUGGUCUUGGCCAGCGUGCUGCAGCUCAGUUUCAGGGUCUUGGCAAUCUUAUAGCCUAGGCCAUCAUUAUGUAGAGCAACAAUUCUUUUUUCAGAUCCUCAGUUCUUUGCCAUGAGGUGCCAU